AUGGCGAAAUCUCAAUGUAUUCUCGGUUACGAAUCAUCCACUGCAUUAGGACUAAUAACGUUGAACAUUAACAAUAUUAUGCAACACGAAGACCCAGCCAUAGUGAAAUUACUCAAUAAACACGAGAAACUUUUCGAAGGAACUGGAAAUUUGAAAAGCGUUGAGGUCAAACUCGAAAUCGACGAAACCGUACCACCCGUAGCGCAGUCGUCAAGACGAAUUCCACACAACAUGAAGAAGAAAGUCAACGAGAAAUUACACAAAAUGCGUGAAGACGGAAUUAUUGAAAAGGUAGAUGGCGCAACACCAUGGCUAUCUCCACCCAUUGCAAUCCCAAAGGAAAACGGUGACGUCAAAUUGAUUCCCAACAUGGGCGUUCCAAACACAGCCUUAAUCAGACGUCGAGUUCAAAUUAUAUUCCCACAGUUGACGAGAUUCUACGCCAAAUGGAAGGAGCUAAAGUAUUCACAGAAGUCGACCUAUCACAACUCACCCCUCGCAGAAGAAUCGAGAUAUAUCACUGCAUUUACCACACCCGACGAUGGCCCCCACUGUUUUAAGCGUUUGAUAAUGGGAGCAUCACCCUCAAGCGAAUACUUCCACGAGAUAAUGCAUGAUCUCAUCAAGAAUAUUCCGAAUUGUGCAAACAUUUCAGAAAAUAUCUGGUUGUGGUCCAACGAUCUACAAUCCCAUUACAAGCAACUCGAACAGUUGCUCACGAAGUUGGAAACCAGCGGUUUAAUCCUGAAACAAAUGCUCAAAAUGCUUCAAAAUGCUCGUUUUUGGUACCAGAAAUCAAUGUCUUUGGCCAUACCGUUUGAGGCAAUGGAAUACAGCCCGACAGUGCCGAAAUCGAAGCGGUAA